CUCAUUACUACUACAAAUACAAUCAAGGCCACAGCCAUUUCCAUCAUCAACACCAUGGUCCGGGGCGAUCAUCUAACUAAAAACGGAGAGAAGGAGUGCGGGAGAUGUCGGGAAUUGGGGCACUUCUCGAAAGACUGUCCUCGUAAAGUGUUUUACAAAGGUCUGAUGGAGCUCGGACGUCAAGCCCUCAAGCGUGAACGAAAGCAGCGAUACGAGUAUAGAAAGAAGAAGGAGAAAGAGCACCGGGAGAAGAACAUGAAGCAGGACGAGAAGCAGGAGAAGAAGAAAGAGAAACACAAGAAGAGAAAGGAGGAGGAAGAGAAGGAGAAGAACGUGAAGAGACAGAAGACGAACAAGAGCAACUAA